GCAUCCUUUGAUUGGAUGGGAUACCACACCGACGUGGUAUCCCGGUUUCAUCCAAUCCUUCCUCGAUUGGAGAUUGGAAUCUCAAGCAGUAGCCAGUGGCUUGUUCUCAAAAUGGAAAUCCAUCACUGCCGUCCAUCUCACUGGCCAACGAAAUCCAUCCGUCCAUUUCCAUCACCAAUCGCAAGCACCCGCCUUCCCUUCUUCCCCAUUUCCGCUUCAUCUUCUCCGAAGCUUCGCCAGCUCCGGCGACCGUAUACCACGGUGCUCAUCGUCCCAACCGGCGUCGGCGCCACCAUAGGUGGUUUCGCCGGCGAUGCUCUUCCUGUGGCUCGCACCAUGGCUUCCGUUGCCGACUGUCUUAUCUCCCAUCCCAACGUGCUGAAUGCGGCGAUGCUCUAUUGGCCAAUCCCCAAUGCACUCUAUGUGGAGGGAUACGCUCUUGAUAGGUUUGCAGAGGGAUCCUGGGCUCUCCGACCAGUUCACCAAAACAAGGUGGGCUUGGUGCUUGAUUCUGGGAUGGAAACAGAGCUCAGGGUGAGGCAUUUACAGGUUGCAGAUGCUAUGAGAGCUUCAUUAGGGUUGCCUGUCAUGGAAUAUGUUGUCACUGAUAGUCCUUUGCAGGUUGAGAAAUGGAUUGAUCCAAUCACUGGUCAAUCAACAGGGAGGAUUGAACGCCCUGAUUCAUUAUUAAGGGCAGUGCAAUCUCUAGUUAAUCAUGCACAAGUAGAUGCAGUAGCAGUUGUGGGACGCUUCCCGGAUGAAGAAGUUGGUGACUUGGAUGAUUAUCGACAAGGGAAGGGUGUCGAUUCAUUGGCUGGAGUUGAAGCAGUUAUCAGCCAUCUAGUUGUGAAGGAGUUCCAGAUCCCUUGCGCUCAUGCGCCUGCAAUGUUGCCUCCUCCUCUAACAUCAUCAUUGGCCCCAAGAUCUGCUGCUGAAGAGAUAGGAUAUACAUUUCUACCGUGUGUGCUUGCUGGGUUAAGUACUGCACCACAAUAUGUAGUGAUAAAGCAUGGAUCAUUGGAUGAUGGUUGCGUAUUGGCUACCGAUGUUGACAGUGUUGUUCUACCUAUUAAUGCUUGUGGAGGGGACGGUGCUCUCGCAUUCGCAAAAAGAUUGAAAAAAAAGCCUCUUGUGAUAGUAGUUCAGGAGAACAAAACGGUUCUUGAUGAUACGCCUGAAAAACUCGGGAUCGAAGCUCUGCAGGUAUCAAACUACUGGGAAGCGAUCGGUGUAAUGGCAGCUCACAAAGCAGGCAUAGAUCCAAAAUCUCUUCGGCGAGGAGGAGUCAAUAAUAUCAACUGCCUUUCUUCGCCGUCUUCCAAUGUAUCUAAAAAUUCCUUACCUUCUCAAGAGCCACACCAAUUUUACCGCACAUAGUGCUAGUCUUGUAAUUUGUUCUAGACGCGCACAAUCACACAUCGAUGACAAUGACAAAUGAAUUUGUACAAGCUUUGUGCCAA